AGACAAAAGCAACAAAAAAAUCUGCACUGAAAUGAGGAAAGACCAGGAUGGGGAUUACAAAGGCAGCAGGAGAAUCCGAAUCGGAACAAGAAAAAGUCAGCUGGCUCGUAUUCAGACUGACAGUGUUGCAGCGAAGUUGAAGGAAUUGUACCCUGAUGUGCACUUUGAAAUAGUUGCUAUGUCAACAACAGGUGACAAAAUACUUGACACAGCUCUAUCAAAGAUAGGAGAAAAGAGUCUCUUUACAAAGGAGUUGGAAAAUGCUUUGGAAAGAAAUGAGGUCGACCUGGUUGUGCACUCAUUAAAGGACUUGCCCACCACUCUUCCGGUGGGUUUUACAAUAGGAGCUGUGCUCAAGCGGGAAAGUCCGUAUGAUGCAGUAGUUUUGCACCCCAAAAAUGCUGGGAAAUGUCUCGAUUCACUACCAGAGAAGAGUAUAAUUGGCACUAGUUCUCUUCGCCGAGCUGCACAGUUGAAGAAACGAUUUCCACACCUGGAGUUUAAAGACAUCAGAGGUAAUCUGAACACACGGCUGAAGAAGCUGGAUGAGAACAAUGACUUUGCUGCUAUUAUCCUGGCUGCAGCUGGACUGAGGAGAAUGGGUUGGGAGAAACGCAUCAGUCAGAUUCUUGGUGCUGAAGAUUGCAUGUAUGCAGUCGGGCAGGGGGCUCUGGCGGUGGAAGUGAGGGCUCAGGAUCAGGACAUUCUGGAGAUGGUAUCAGUGCUGCAAGAUCCAGACACAGUGCUGCGCUGCAUUGCUGAGAGAGCUUUCCUUAAACGCUUGGAAGGAGGAUGCAGUGUUCCAGUUGCUGUUCACACAGAAGUUAAGAAUUCCCAGCUCUCACUGACAGGAGCUGUGUACAGUUUAGAUGGAUCUGACAGUCUAAAGGAGACCAUGAAGACCGAUGUGGAGUUCGACAAUGAGGAGCAGAAGAAUGUAGAAGAAAAGGUGGAUGAGAAGAUUCAGCAUGUUGGAGUCACAGCGCUGAAGGUGUCUCGGGCAGCACAGGAUGCCGCAGAGAACCUUGGGGUCGACCUCGCCAACCAGCUGCUCAGCAAAGGAGCUAAAGAGAUUCUGACUGUAGCCAGACAGCUUAAUGAUGCCCAGUAGAUUUGUUUUAAGUAUUGAAUCAAUAGCAUUGUAUUCACAAUACUUUUUCAGGUAUUUUUUAAACUUGAUUUUUCUAACAUUCCAAAAAUGGCGAUACAUUAUACAGUAUGUUAGGGAACAAAACCAUGACUUUGUAACAGCCAUGAGCUCUGAAAAGGCGGGCAAAAUUCAGCCAGUUAGCACACUGAUGUGUUCUUCAGUGCUUUAAAAAAAAUAUUUUUAAAUUUUUCCUGUUAUUAACUAUUUGUCACACUGUAUGAUUUAGGAUCGUCAGACUUGUACACAAAGCAAAUAUUUAACAGAACAGUUUUUAAAAACAACUAAAGUUUUUAGAUUUUACUUGUACAAAUCAACUGAUUCUUAAUAACUGCAGGUAAUUACUGCUUUAAAUUAGCUGCUAGUUUAUUUAAACUACCUGUUUUAGGAAUCACCACACCGUUUCUUUUGGGAUCAGGUUGGGACUAGGCCACUCCAAAACUGUAAUUCUGUUUGUCCACAACAAUUCAAAUGAGAAGUGGAUUUGUGUUUUAAAUCAGUUUUACAGUGGAUAUAAAAGUCUACACAUUGCUGUUGCCAGGUUUUUGUAAUGUAAAAAAAAAUUUACCAAGAUAAAACAUUUAAAAACGUUUUUCUACCUCUAAUGUGACCAAUAAUCUGUACAAUUCAAUUAAAAAACAAACUGAAAUCUUUUAGGGGAAAAGUAAAAAUGUACAAUAACACGGUUGCAUAAAUGUGCACACUGUCAAACUAAUAUUUUGUUUUCCUCAGGCUGCUCAUCAUGUUUCAAAAUGUAAUUUGCCUAAGGAAAGGAUUAAAGACCAAUUUAGAAUUGAUGCCCGUGGUUUUGAUUCAUAUAAGGUUUAGUUGUCUGGUGUCCUUAUACUUUUAUGCUUAGGGUUGUUUACAUUUUGCCACAGCUGUCAUUUUGAGCCUAAAACACUUUUUGGUGUGUGAUGUUAUACAUAAUGUUUUAUGUCUAUGGCUGUAUUUUCCAACAAAUCAACAAAUGUUAGAGUUUUUCAUGGUUAGUCUAAAAAGGCCCUACAGCAAUUUUCCCUGCUCCAUACCCCCCUUAUUUUACAUUUACAUUUUCAAGAUUUAGCAGACGCCUUUAUCCAAAGCAACUUACUUUACAGUUACAGUCUACAGUCUGAGGGUUAAGGGUCUUGCUCAAAGGCCAAACAGCAGCAACUUGGCAGUGGUGGGGCUUAAACCAGCAACCUUCUGAUUACUAGUCCAGUACCUUAACCACUAGGCUACAGCUUGCCUUAUAUUGCUCAUAAGCUUGUUAUCAAGGUCUUAAUUAGUUAAAUUGUGUUGGGAGCAGGGAAAGCUAAGAAUUUGGAAGCAUAAUACUAUUAAAUGGUGGAAUCAGUGUUUCAGAGAAAAUCGUUUUAGUUAUUUAUUUUCCUGAUGUGUAAAUGAAAUUUAAAUCACAGACAAAAUGACUUUAAGUACCUGCCUGAUUAUAUCUUAAUAUUGUAAACAAAUA